UUUGUUUUUUCGCUCACCUUUUUGUUCCUACUCCUGUACUCUUUGCCAAAACCAACACCCAUCUCAAUUGCAUGCACCACCACCACCAUCUAUAAGCACCUUCCAUGGCUGUUGAAGCUCAUCAUCUUCCUCUCUUCGCUUCACAACUUCUAGGAAACCAGGAAAUUGUUUCGGGUAUCGAUCAGGAUCAAUCAAAUAUCCACGACAUGCAAUUAUUGGGAUACGCCGGACCUUUGCUCCCCGUCGGCGACUCAUCUGCUCUGCUUACCUCCGAGAACGGCGGCCUCUACGGGAAGCGGCCUCGCGAGAGCUUCUCCUUCAUCGGAGAGGAUUUCUCCUCCAACGUCCAGCAGCAGUUGCUCCACCUCGACCGCCUCAUCCUUAAUCAUGUUGCGAAGGUGAGGAUGGAGCUGGCGCAGCGGCUGAGGCGGAUCCUGGCGACGGCGGAGGAAGCGGCGUCGAAGCGACUGAAGGAGAAGGACGAGGAGGUGGAGCGGGAGCGGAAGGUCACCUUGGCGCUGGAGGAGCGCGUCAAGAGCCUCUGCGUCGAGAACCAAAUGUGGCGGGAAUUGGCGCGGAGCAGCGAGGCGGUCGCCCUGGCGCUGCGGGCCGACCUCGAGCGGACGUUGGCGGCGACGGUGAAGGCGCAGGCUGCGGCGGCGGAGGACGCCGAGUCCUGCUGUUGCGGCGACAGCGAGGAGGAGGCGAGGAGGGCGUGCCGGUGCUGCGGGGAGAGGGAGCCGGAAGUGCUGCUGCUUCCCUGCCGGCAUCUCUGCGUCUGCGCCGCCUGCGGCCCGGCGGUGGCCACCUGCCCCGUCUGUGACUGCCGGAAAAACGGCAGUGUGCUUGUCAACUUGUCUUAAAUUUCUCAAUUUUCGGAAAUGGAAAAGAAAUUAGGUAUUAAUUUA